AUGUUAAAACCCAAAGUCAUUUCCCAGGUUCUUCGACAAGCAACGACGGGAGGUGUAAAAGCUACUCUACUUUUGAAUUCCGAAGGUUCUCCUUUGGCAUUUGUUUCAGAAUCUGGUGACCGCGAUGCUCGAGUUUAUGCGGCCAUUGCGUCCAAUGUUUGGAGCACAUUUGAAAAGAAUACUAGACCAUUGACAAAGGAAAAUCUAGCCACUGGAUCUGGAUCGGGUGGCGGUACCAGUAGUGGUAAUGGUGCGAAUAAUGCAUUGAAGUUUUUGUUGGUAGAGUGUGAGGAAGGUAAUCUUGCUAUCACUACUGUCGCGAAUAUGUUAUUGUGUUUGACUGCAAACCCGGAUGUUGCAUUAGGAAUCCUGAAAGCAAAGACGGAAGCCUUAGCUCGACAUUUAGAAGAACCUUUUCAACGAGUGACCACUUAUAAUUCAUCUUAA